AUACAUUUUCUUAUAUAGGGUACUCAAUAUUACACAUGAUUAUGCAAAUAUAAUUUGUGAUAGAUUUUUAUGCAUUUAAGUUGUUCUUCCAAAUGCAUUUGUAAUAAACCAGGAAAGGAAAUUUGAGUUCUGUGGAUAUUUUAUUUUCCUCCAUAACGUCAUGCCACAAAUGAUGAUGGGUAUGGUCAAAGGGAGAUAAUCCAUCAACACACACAGUUCGUGCUGCCACCAACUGAGUGAAAUUGGAAGGGAGACUUUGUUGACGUGCAAGCAAGGACUGACGUCCCAUCACUGUCAACAGCAGCAACGGAAGUAGGCCAUUUUGAUGACAAAGGUCAUACAGAAACAUCACAGAUGUGUCGAAGUUGGGGAUCUCCGAACUCCGAUUAAGAUUCUGUCACCUCUGUAAUAUUUUCACUGAAAAAAAGCUACCUCACCCUCCUGUCACCCCACCAGCAUUGACACUGGCGUCUCUCGCGGAUCAUAUUAAGACUGUCCUAAGGCCACCCACCAUGCGUUAUUUUUCCAACCAGGUAGCGGCGAUCACAAAACACGUGUAUCUUAGCAGCGUGGGCGGGGUCACACAGGAGAGGUCACUGGAUGAGCAUGGCAUCACCCACAUCCUGAACGUUGCCAUGGAGCUCAAGGACCUGAAGUAUCCACGGGAAGACCUGAAGGUCAAGCGUGUGUCCUUGAGGGACGCCGUCAGCGAGAACAUCCUUCCACAUCUGGAGUAUCUGGUCGACCAUGUGCACGAGGUGGCGUGCCAAGGAGGAAGGGUGGCCGUUCACUGCAUCGCUGGAGUUAGUCGCUCCGCAACCGUGUGCAUCGCCUACCUCGUCAAGCAUCACCACAUGACACUGAAACAGGCUUAUCAGAAAGUGUACAAGGCAAGGGAGGUAAUUUACCCCAAUAAUAGUUUCUGGGCAAGUCUGGUGGCGUUCGAGAAGCAGUAUCAGGACCACAACACAGUGGAGAUGCUGCCCUACAUCUGCGGGAUGGUACCCUCCGUGUACCAGAGGGAUACCGAGAUAAGGAUCCGGCAUGGCUGGAUGGGGCCGCUUUGCGUUAUGUGGGUGUUUCACAUGGUGCUUACGUUGUUGCAGGUAUAUUUUGCUUGAUGGUGCCACAUUCCAUGUCGCAGACUGGGGAGAAGUGUCCUAGCUAACGUUGCUCAGGGUAAGGAAAUCUAUGAAACUUGGGUGCAGGAAUUCUCCAGAAAAGAACUCAGAAUUGAAUUAACGUUUGACGUCAUUUUGGAUGUGACCACUCUUCAGGGAGCACACAGACUCGUGUCAAUGGUGGUAAAAGGUGUUUAUGAAAUAGAACAAGGCCGCUGGCCGAUCGCUGGUGACAUAGUCACAAUCUAACAACUGUGAUCUGAAAUCACAUGAUCUGAAAUCAUACAUCCAUGAUCUGAAUCAGGAGCGUUCACUGACUGGAUUCUUAAAGCCUUGACGUGAGGAGAGAUUAUACUCAUUGGUUGAAGACACGUUGUAUUGGAAAAAGGAUCAGAAAUGGUUUCACUGACUAGAUUCUUGAAGCCUUGGCGCAAGGAGAGUUUAUGCCCAUUGGUUGAAGACACGUUGUGUUGGUUAAUAGCUCAGGAAUAUUUUCACUGACUGGAUUCUUGGCGUGAGGAGAGUUCAUAAGCAUUGGUUGGAGACACGUAUUUGUAAAUAGCUCAGGGAUGUUCACUGACUGGAUUCGUGAAGCCUUGACACGAGGAGACUUUAUACACAUUGGUGGAACAUACGUUAUAUUGGUUAAUAGCUCAGGAAUGGUUUCAAUGACUGAAUUCUUAGGGCUUUGGCAUGAGGAGAGUUUACACAGAUUGGUUGAAGACACGUUGUAUUGGUUAAUAGCUCAGGAAUCUGUAUGGUGACAUAUGAAGCUAUCACGUGACAAACGAAGUUUGACACAAAUCGAUUGAAGAUUCAUGAAUGGCAAAAUUUACUACCUCAAGACAAAGCAGUAACAGAGCAAUGCAUGUAUGUUGAAGAUGUUUCUAAGGUUAUGAACACUUGCACGUUCGUGAUUGAAUAUAUGUUUCUUAUGUGCUCUGACUGAAAAUGGCAUUAGCGUGAAAGUGUUAAACUGGAGUUGUUUAACUGAGUGAAUUUUGAGAUACAUAUUAUUGAUAGGGCUCUCUAUUUCAGGUCUUAAUCUUGACGUAUUUAUCUCCGUCCCAAGGAACUGCAUAUACCUGUACCUGAAGUUCUGACUGUGUAACUUGUCGAUCAAACUUUUUUCUGUUUAAUGGAAUUUGCUUAUUAUACAUAUGUGCACGUGCGUGUGUGUGUGCGUGCGUGCGUGCGUUCGUGCGUGCAUAUACAUACAAAUACAUAGAGCUCCUACACAGUGUUAAGUUGGUUAGUCACCAUGAUCAGUGACUAGUUGUGUUUUUUUCAAUGUGAUCUUGUCGAGUCCCGACUAUGUUUAUUUUCUAUCUUCAUCUCGGGUAUGAAAUCUCAAAGUAUUUAUGUUUACUUUUGACCGCACAGACCUGCGUGAUAUUGACAUGUUUGUGUCCUAUCAGCCAACAUGUAUUAUUCUUGUAUAGUAAAAGUGGUUUACGUGAUAUGAUGUCUAGUCUCACCAAUAAAGAAAUAUAUCAUUAUUA